AUGUCUCAUCUUACAACAGCAACAACACAACCUCCACCAGAAUAUUCCAAACCAUCCGAAGAUAUCCCGGAAUAUUCCUCGUCAGUUAACUAUUACGGCUUAUCAUUAAUUAAAACAGAAUUCCUAACACCUUAUCAUUACAAUGGUGGCAACAGAUCAUGGAAACCGGUUUUACUAGAGAUCAACUCGACUCAGUUGAAAAUAUAUGCUUUAAAUGUUGAAAAGAAACUUCAAGAAUUAUUGGUCUGUCUAUAUUUUGAAUUAAAUUCCUUGAAUCAGUUAACCAAAGAUGUCAAUUCCCAAUAUAAGAAAAACAAUGGGUUUAGUUACAACGAAAAUUUCAAUAAUGAUGAUGAUUUGAAUGAUUUAUUUGCUGGUGAUGCUUAUGGAGGAAUUGAUUCUAGCAAGUCUAUUCUUAGUGAUUCAAGUUUUACUAAAUUGAAAAACAAAUUUAAAAACCAAAAGAAUAAUAAAACCAUGCAAUUGAUUAGAAAUUACUAUGAUGAGUUGAAAGAUAAUCAGUUUUUGUUUGAACCUACAUCAUCAAGCGAAGAAUAUGCAAGAUUUUCCAAGAAACACAGAGGAACUUUAUUGCAUUGUUAUUCCUUAGCUAAUCUUCAAGUUGGAGAGGCUCCUUCUUUAGAUCAAUUGAUUUCUGCCAUGUAUAAAGAAGAACAUACGGGUAACACCAACAAUUCAUCAUUAGUCAAAUACAAAAACACAUUGCGUCUUCGAAUUGAAUACAAACAAGUUUUGUUACAAUUCUGGUCAUUUUAUGGUAUGAUUAAUUGGUUUAGAAAUUUCACCAUUGGUAAAGAUUUAAGUUUGCCAAUUGAUUUCCGUCACAUUACUAAACUCAAGUCCAUACCUGUAAGAAACAAUAGCAGAAACAAUGCAUUAUUAGCUGCUACUGCUGCUGCUGCCAAUUAUGGUAGACAUAGAAAUUCUACAUCAUCAAGUGACAAUGUUGCUGAGGUUAUAGAAAUGUUCCGUGCUAGUCAAAUGUUGCAAAUUAAAUCAGAAGAUUCGAAUACCCAUUCUGAUGAUGGUAGCAGUGUUGCAUCAUCAGUGUUUGAUGACGAAAGAAGAGAAUCCAUUGCAUCUUCUACAGAUUCCAUCGAACAAGUCAAUUAUGUUGUUAUAAAUGAUUUUAAAUUUUAUUCCCGAGACAGUUGCUAUACUACUGUUGAAAAACAAUACAUUUCCAAUUGUAUACCUGAUUUGAAUUCUUUUGAUAAAUGGAAUGGUAAAUUGAUAACUUUAAGUAAUGUUGAGUUUUUUGUUGGUCAAAAGAGAGAAAAAUUUGAAGGUCAAGAUCAUAUUUUCAUUAGUCAGAAUGCUCUUAAUGAUAUGGUUUUAUCCUAUGAUAGAAAACCACACCUUAAUACCAAUGACAUUACAACCAAAACAUUUGUUAUUCAACAAGCUGGCUUAGUUGGAAUCAAUGAUUUAACAUCAAAAACCAAUCCAAUUCCAACAAAUUAG